GAAAACUUCCAGAAAGCCUCCAGAACGUUUUUGUACAGUCUCAAGACCUGUGGCUGCACGCAACCGGCCGAUGAAUCUCUUGCGAGCCGCGAUUCGAACUACAAGCGCAAGCACGACUGCCACGAUUCGUCCCUUCCAAAUGUCUGCGCCAAGGAUGGCAAACGGCGACCUGAACAAUACAGCAGCAGAACGCGCCAGAAGAGAGCUUGAGAUAGACCCAGCUUAUCGCAAACGAUCUUUCGCUAUCCCUCAAUCACAAGACGAUUCCGAAAUCCGGAAAAGCUACAGGCCAUUCUUGCUCGACGAAGAGACAUCAAAUAAUGACUGGGUCUCUCAAUUAGAAUUGAGCACAGCACUGAAGAUGGUUGAGAGUCAAACCUUGAAUGGCGAUCAGGAUAGACUCAGAGUGCUUGUCCUGCAUGGCAGCAUGCGCAAUCGCUCUUAUUCGCGCCUCCUGUGUUUCGAAGCCAGUAGAGUAUUGUUUCGCCUCGGUUGUGACGUUCGCAUGUACGAUCCACAUGGACUCCCGGUGAAAGACGACGAGCAACAUUCGCAUCCAAAAGUUCAAGAGCUGCGUGAGCUCAGCAAGUGGAGCGAUGGGCACAUUUGGAUCAGCCCGGAGCAGCACGGCAAUGUGACAGCCGUCUUCAAGAACCAGAUUGAUUGGAUACCGCUAUCAACAGGCUCCGUCCGCCCCACACAAGGACGGACUCUGGCAAUUGCACAGGUGUCUGGCGGCUCGCAGUCCUUCAACACCGUAAAUACACUGCGUAUCCUCGGGCGCUGGAUGCGCAUGUUCGUCAUUCCAAACCAGAGCUCUAUUCCCAUGGCUUACAAGCAAUUCACCGAGCCAGAGGACGUCGAAGGAGGAAGCCGCUUGAUGCCGGGCGGUAACAGAGAUCGACUUGUGGACUGUAUGGAAGAGUUUGUCAAAUAUACGCUGGUCAUGCGACCGCACUUCGAUUUGUUUGGAGACAGAUGUAGCGAAAGGGAGGAGAGACGCAGCAAGGAAGAGAAGGAGAGAUUAGCAAGGGCGCAAGACGAGAAUGGGCUACCGGACCUCAAGAAGAUGUGAUGCUACAAAGGGCUGGGUGCACUAAGCGUGAUAGAGCGUUUGCAACACAGACCGCCAUGCGUUAGAUUUCGCCAUCUGGGGCCGCGCAAUGCAACGGACAAGUUACAAAAAGAUCGAACAACGCGAGUGCGUUGUCCUCUUCGAUUUGAAACCCUCCAGUGACCCAUGUCUCACCGCGCGUAUGAGGGUUUUAAUUUACUGAUUUGAGCUAUUUCGAACUUCCAGCUCCUUGAUGUUCUUGGAUCCAGCUAUGUCGGUAGAUUUCGAUUUCGAU